GCGCGCGCGGGCGCGCUCACGCGGAGACGGUUGAGCACCAGGGUCGCGCCAAGGUGUCGGGGAGCGCGCAGAUACGUACUGCUGUCCCCCGCCUACCCUGCCUGUCUUUCUAAGGGGUAUUGUUACCCUUCGGAUCGCAGGGGCCAGGCGGGUGGGAGGCGGGCUCUUCUGCGCAGGCGUCCCCGGUGUCCCGACGCCAGGCUGUCUGCCGGGUGGGGCGGGGGCUCCUGCCCCUGCGGGUCUCUGGCUCGAUACGUAGGUUAGCGGGAAGGGGUGGGAAAGGCCCUCGGACCAACAGCCUGGCGGAUGCACAGAGAACGCGCUGUCCUGCGGGAUGGGGUCGGAUGGUGUCCUUGCCCCCACCCUGGGUCUUGAGCUUCGAGGUUUUAUUCACCAGAGCAAGGCCACAGGCAGCCUGGAAUUGGGAGCCGGCGGCAGCCCCUGGAGCAGUGAAGUCAGUGUUUCGGAAUGCCCCAACUUGUUUUGAGAGGACUAGAGUGUUUACUAGGCAUUUAUUGAAUGCCCAUUAUUCUAAGCUUCCUGCAAGGAGCUGUGGGGGAUGCAGUGGUAAGACUCUGCCGUUCCAUCUUUCCCCUGUUUGGAGGACAGAUUUGUACAUACAUACUAAUAGAAGGCAGUGUAUUAAAGGGGGAUGAAGGUUUUUAUUCUUCCCAAAUGGCCACUUAUACAGUAUUAAAAGGCCAUUUAUUAUUGUCAAUCUGCAUUUUGGCAUAAUGGAGGGUUCUGUAGAAGCUAAUGUCUGAAUAGAAGAAAUCCUAAAUAUUUAAUUUUGGGGAAAAAGUUUUAGGUAAAGGCACUGUAGUCUUGGUUACUAGUUAGUAUACUGCAGUUUCGAAUUAAUAGCAGAAAACCUUCACCUUCAAGAACUGAAGCAAGAACAUUUCUAACGUGUAUUAAUACACAGUAAUACUAGGUAGCAGAUACUGCGUCCAUUUCGAUCUUUAGAGGUUGAACAGAAUGCUGUGCCUUAGUCAUCAGUAGUGACAUGUCCUUGUAUGGGCUGUUGUUCCUUAGAUAAUUUUUAAAAGGUGGACUGAGCUCUUCAUUCCCCCUGCCCCCCCAACACACACACACAGUGGAGAACUUCCUUUUCAUUUGCUAAAGUCUUACAUUUCUGUGGUGAGGAUGGUUGGCAGUAAGUUGAAGGAGUGGGAAGGGAAGAGACCAGAUGGGGAGAGGAGAAUGAAAUUUAAACAACAGCCUCCUAAACCAAAGCAAGGCCUUCUACUAUUGCUUUAACCCUUCUGGAAAUCUCAGCAAACUUGGGAAGACUGACCUGGCCACCACAGCAGCCGGCUUGGUGACCUGUCAGGAUCAUGGAUUUUCCUGGUCACUUUGAACAGAUCUUCCAGCAACUAAACUACCAGAGACUACAUGGCCAGCUCUGUGAUUGUGUCAUCGUAGUGGGGAACAGACAUUUUAAAGCCCACCGCUCCGUGCUGGCGGCAUGCAGCACACACUUCCGAGCCCUGUUCUCAGUGGCAGAGGGAGAUCAAACCAUGAACAUGAUCCAGCUGGAUAGCGAGGUAGUGACAGCAGAGGCCUUUGCUGCACUGAUCGACAUGAUGUACACCUCCACCCUCAUGCUGGGGGAGAGCAAUGUUAUGGAUGUCUUAUUGGCAGCCUCUCACCUGCAUUUGAACUCUGUUGUUAAGGCAUGUAAACAUUACUUGACCACAAGGACGCUGCCCAUGUCUCCUCCCAGUGAGCGUGUUCAGGAGCAGAGUGCCCGCAUGCAGCGCUCCUUUAUGCUACAGCAACUGGGACUAAGCAUUGUGAGCUCAGCCCUCAAUUCCAGCCAGAGUGGCGAGGAGCAGCCAGCUCCCAUGAGCUCGUCCAUGCGGGGUAACCUGGACCAGCGGACACCCUUCCCCAUGAGGCGCCUCCACAAGCGCAAGCAGUCUGCGGAGGAGCGGGCCAGACAGCGCCUCCGAGCCCCCAUGGAUGAGUCUACCAUUUCUGAUGUUGCCCCAGAGAAUGGGCCUUCAGGGGUCCAUUCUAGGGAGGAGUUCUUUUCACCAGAUUCUCUGAAAAUUGUGGAUAAUCCUAAAGCUGAUGGAAUGAACGACAACCAGGAAGAUGGUACCAUCAUGUUUGACCAGACUUAUGGUGCUCAGGAAGAUGCCCAGGUGCCCAGCCAGUCUGACAACAGUGCUGGCAACAUGGCACAAUUGUCCAUGGCCUCCCGUGCAACUCAAGUUGAGGAUCAUUUUGAGCAGGAAGCUGCAACUGAGAAAAAUGGUUUUCAGUGUGAAAAUCCUGAGGUUGGCCUUGGUGAGAAGGAGCACAUGAGAGUGGUGGUAAAAUCUGAGCCUCUGAGCUCGCCUGAGCCUCAGGAUGAGGUGAGCGAUGUGACUUCACAGGCAGAAGGCAGCGAAUCUGUGGAAGUGGAAGGAGUCGUGGUCAGUGCUGAGAAGAUAGACCUCAGCCCUGAAAGCAGUGACCGGAGCUUUUCAGAUCCCCAGUCUAGCACGGACAGGGUGGGUGACAUCCACAUUCUGGAAGUCACAAAUAACCUAGAACAUAAGUCCACUUUUAGUAUUUCAAAUUUUCUUAACAAGAGCAGAGGAAGUAACUUUAAUGCAAAUCAGAACAAUGAUGACAAUAUCCCAAACACCACUAGUGACUGCAGGCUGGAGGGUGAGGCCCCUUAUUUGUUGAGUCCAGAGAUUGGGCCUGCAGGUGGGCCCUCCUCUGCCCCUGGCUCCCAUGUGGAGAACCCAUUUAGUGAGCCUGCAGACUCCCACUUUGUUAGGCCCAUGCAGGAGGUGAUGGGCCUGCCAUGUGUGCAGACUUCAGGCUACCAAGGAGAACAGUUCGGGAUGGAUUUUUCCAGGUCUGGGUUGGGCCUUCACUCUUCCUUCUCCAGGGUUAUGAUGGGUUCCCCCAGAGGAGGAACCAGUAACUUUCCAUACUACCGCCGCAUAGCUCCCAAAAUGCCAGUUGUAACUUCUGUCAGGAGCUCACAGAUCCCAGAAAACUCUGCUAGUUCUCAGCUAAUGAUGAAUGGGGCCACAUCCUCAUUCGAAAAUGGCCAUCCUUCACAGCCUGGUCCCCCACAGUUGACCAGGGCAUCUGCUGAUGUCCUGUCAAAGUGCAAGAAGGCCUUAUCAGAGCACAAUGUCUUGGUUGUAGAGGGAGCUCGCAAAUAUGCCUGCAAAAUCUGCUGCAAAACUUUUCUGACCUUGACAGAUUGCAAAAAGCACAUCCGUGUUCACACAGGUGAAAAGCCCUACGCCUGCCUGAAGUGUGGCAAGAGGUUCAGUCAGUCGAGCCAUCUGUAUAAACACUCAAAGACGACCUGCCUGCGCUGGCAGAGCAGCAACCUCCCCAGCACUUUGCUCUAACUGUGUGUCCCCGUGACACAACACUGAGGCCAGUUGCGGGACCGAAACUAACAUCUCUCCUGGUAGGCGGUUAAUGCCAGAAAGCUUGAGACUCUGGCUGCCCAGUGGCUCUAGCCAAUUUCCUCAGCAAACAGGUGAACUGUAGCACUUGUGCCGCUGCACUUCGAGUGGAAGGCACACUUGGGAGAGGGAUGCGAUCCCUGACACGGA